AAGACAGCUCUCAUCAAGAAGAAUGAGUCAGGAUUAUGAUUCCAGGGAAGGUAGUAUUGAUUAUGCAGUUGCAGUUGCCGCGGCAGCAUAUGCCAUUAAAUCACUCGAAGACUCAAUCAGGGAUCAGAGGAAAGGUCCUCUACCAGAGAAAAAUUUUACAAUAAGGACAGCAACAAUAGUUGAUACUAGAAAGCCAAUAGCACCAACCUCAUCCAUUAAGAAGGCACCAACCCUCAUGAAUAGCACAAAUGGAGUGGCCAGCUCCAAACCUGAAAUUGAAGCAGCCCGGAAGAUUGACAGACCUGCUGCAACAUCCUUCAGAAAGACUCCCACAUUUGGAGAGAGGUUGUUGGAUCGUCCAGCCACUCGAAAGCCAGAGACUCCGGUGAAUCUUCCAUCAAGACAAUUUUCAUCUCAACCAUCCACCCCAACAAAGGUUGUAAAAGGAGGUACCAGGGCAGAUGUUUGGGAACAGGAAGAGUUGGAAAAGAUCAGAAAACGGUAUGAGAAGCUGAAUUCCACAAUUGAUGAAUGGGAGACUAAAAAGACAAUAAAAGCCAAACGCCAUUUAGAGGAAACGGAGGCUGACUUGGAUACCACAAGGGCAAAAGCUCUGGCACAUUACUGCAAUGAGGUUGAGAGGAUUGUAAACAUUUCGGAAGGAGCCAACAGACAGGCAGAGCAGAAUCAGCAAAACGAAGAGCUUAAGAAGAAUCGAGAAGAGAGCUCAGAAGAGAAGAGAAGAGAAGAGAAUGGUCAUAAAGAGAGCUCAGAAGAGAAGAGAAGAGAAGAGAAUGGUCAUAUAUUUUCAAUAAGCAAAUGA